GGUGCUUCCAUCCUCAGGUAUAUAAACAGCCCCAGAUCCCCCUUGUUCAUCAUCAUCACCACCACUAUCAUCAUCAUCGACAUUGCUUCAGCACACAGAAACCAAAUAAUAAGCAUCUGUCCCUUAAUCCGCUUUUCCUUAUCCCUCCACACCAGCCUCCUCCCCCCAUCUCUUUAUCCAAUCACCAGUCUUUACAAUGGGCGCUCACGAGCAAGCACCCUCGGUCUACUCGUCCGAAACUGCCACUAUAGCCGUUCCAAAUGAGCACUCUGAAAAGGUUGCCGCCAGUAUAUCCUCCUCCAUCUCUGACGCAUCCUCAGCACAUGGUAACCUCGAUCCCGGUCCACCCCAUCCAUCUGAUGAGGGUGUCGUCACCUUGCCCUUCAAGGAACUCAUCAUCGUCUUUAUCGGCCUGAUGCUCGGAGUCUUCUUGUCGUCCCUGGAUCAGACCAUCGUAUCGGUCUGCACAACCAACAUUGCAAACGAGUUCCAUUCCUUGAGCGAGAUCCCAUGGGUCGGAACCGCUUACCUCUUGACCUCGACCUCCUUCCAGCCUUUGUACGGUCGCUUCAGCGAUAUCUUUGGUAGAAAAUCAACCUUCCUCUUCGCCAUCACUGUCUUCUUGAUCGGAUCCGCGCUCUGCGGUGCCGCCCAGAGCAUGUCUUGGAUCAUCAUCGCCCGCGGUAUCGCCGGUAUCGGUGCCGGUGGCAUCAUGUCCAUGGUUAUGAUCAUUAUCACCGAUCUAGUUUCUCUCAGAGACCGUGGCAAGUACCAGGGCAUGAUCGGCGCCGUUUUCGGUGUCUCUUCCGUGAUCGGACCCCUGCUGGGCGGCGUUUUCACCGACAAGGCAUCUUGGCGCUGGGCAUUUUUCAUCAACCUCCCUAUCGGCGCCAUCACCCUUGUCGCCGUCGUUAAGCUGCUUCACUUACCCCGUACCAAGGGCUCCUUCAAGGACAAGAUCAAACGUGUCGACUUUUUGGGUGCCCUCGCUCUGGUCUGCGGGCUGGUGCUUAUUCUCUUGCCAUUGAACUGGGGUGGAAGCACCUAUAAGUGGAACUCGCCCAUCGUUAUCGGACUCUUCUGUGCGGGUGCCGUCGUUAUGCUGAUCUUCUGCUUGAUCGAGUGGAAGCAGGCUGCGGAGCCGAUCAUACCGUUCCGCCUGUUCAAAUCCCGCACCAACGUCGCCGUCUUCUUGACCAGCCUGUUCCUGGGCAUGGGCUUCUUUGGCAUCAUGUUCUUCAUGCCCUUGUUCUUCCAGAUCGUCCGCCAAGAAUCUGCCACGACCGCUGGACUUGAGAUGCUGCCCUUGAUCGUCGGUCUUUUGGUCGCAACCAUCAGUUCCGGUUUGAUGGUCACUAGAUGGGGUCAAUACCGUCCCUUUAUCUGGGUCGGUCUUGCGCUCGCGACUACAGGCACUGGACUGUUGACGCUCCUUCGCGAGGACUCUUCACGUGGAAUGGUGAUAGGCUUCCUGUUCAUCAACGGCCUCGGUAUCGGUUUCUCCAUGCAGCCUGUGAUGCUCGCUAUCCAGUCCGCGGUCCCUUCCAGGGAUAUUGCCGUCGCGACCGCGAAUGCGACCUUUUUCCGCACGGUCGGUUCUGUGCUGGGAGUAGCUAUCACUGGCACGGUAUUCAACAACGCUAUCAAAAACAACUUGGCGCCGUUGAUCGUCAUGAACCCAGAAGUAGGCAGAGUGAUCUCGGACUCGUACCUUGCCCCGACGUUUGGACCCGAGAUGGAAGCACAGAUCUUGCACGCGUACAUGAUGGCUCUCCGUUCUGGCUUUAUCGCCUGUGUUCCCUUUAUGGGUCUUGCAUGGCUGUGCAGUUUGUUUAUCCAGCACAACAAGCUGAGAUCAUCGCAAGGACCCACUGUCAUGGAGUAAUGACACUCCAGCUCAAUCUGAUCAUGUAGAUAGAAUCUCAUUCUGUAUUAUACCCAGACAUCAUUACAACAAUACAACAUUCAUAAUACAAUAAUAGCAUUUCACAAAAAUAGCUUUAUAUUGUGUAAAUACAUUUCUUUAUUACCAAAG